ACCACUUGUAUGCAGCCGAAAAGGUCCUACUAAAGGACGAAUCUCUCAGCUGCUGUGCUGUGUCACAGACUUUCCUGGCUCGUGCCUGGCAUCCAAAAAGCGGAUCUUGGAGAAUGUCUGAUCUCUGCUCAUGUGGAGCGAGCCUCCAUGGGAAACCCACCUGAGGCUGAACACGCACGCAGCGGUGGGAAUGGACGAGAGGGAGGCUGAACCGAAGACGAUGUGCUGACGUGCAAAAGUGAAAACAGAGGCUGAUGUUGAUCAGGAGGGGGAAGGCUGUUAAUUAAAAGCAUGCUGCCUGUCCAUGUUGGGUGCAGAGAGAAACAAUAUUCUGGAGAGCCACUAUGUGCCGGGAGCUCUGCCCACUGUAGUAGGGUCAGAAGGCUUCACCUGCAGCGCCAAAGGGGCCUCCCUGAGUGGGCAUCACUGCCUCUGCAACAUGGACUCACAGCACUGCAAAAUGAAUGGUGACCCUUUCCAGGAAUCUAUGUACAUUGAAGAGUCCUCAAAUAAAAAUGGUGUGAUCUCUUUGAUAUUCUCUUUGAAAGAAGAAGUUGGGGCAUUGGCUAAAGUUCUGCGCACAUUUGAGGAGAAAGGUAUAAACCUGACCCACAUUGAGUCUCGACCUUCCCGUCUCAACAAAGAUGAGUAUGAAUUCUUCAUUAACUUGGAAGGGAAGAAUGUUCCAGCGCUGGACAAGAUCAUCAAGUCCUUGAGAAAUGAUAUUGGAGCAACGGUCCACGAGCUGUCACGAACGAAGAAGAAGGACACUGUGCCAUGGUUCCCAAGAAGUAUCCAGGAGCUGGACAGGUUUGCCAAUCAGAUCCUAAGCUAUGGAGCAGAACUGGAUGCUGACCAUCCUGGGUUCAAAGAUCCUGUGUACCGGGCACGGAGGAAGGAGUUUGCAGAUAUCGCCUACAACUACAGGCAUGGCCAACCUAUUCCUCGAGUCACCUACACAGAAGAAGAAAAGAAAACAUGGGGCACAGUCUUCAGAGAGCUGAAGAGUCUCUAUCCAACUCAUGCUUGUUAUGAACACAACCAUGUGUUCCCACUGCUGGAGAAGUACUGUGGCUACCGGGAGGACAACGUUCCCCAGCUUGAAGAUGUUUCAAAAUUCUUGCAGAGCUGCACUGGAUUUCGCCUGCGUCCUGUUGCAGGCUUGCUCUCCUCUCGGGAUUUCUUGGCUGGGCUGGCGUUCCGAGUGUUUCACUCUACGCAGUAUAUUCGCCAUGCGUCCAAACCCAUGUACACACCAGAGCCUGAUAUUUGCCAUGAGCUGCUAGGACAUGUGCCUCUUUUUGCUGAUCCCAGUUUUGCUCAAUUUUCCCAGGAAAUUGGACUGGCAUCUCUGGGAGCUCCAGAUGAUUUCAUCGAGAAACUCGCUACGGUUUAUUGGUUUACAGUGGAGUUUGGACUAUGUAAGGAAGGCAAUUCACUUAAGGCGUAUGGUGCAGGACUGCUGUCUUCAUUUGGGGAGCUGCAGUACUGUUUAUCAAGUAAGCCUGAGAUUCAGCCUCUUGUCCUGGAGAAGACUGCUGUGCAGAAAUACCCUGUUACUGAGUUCCAGCCUGUCUACUAUGUUGCUGAAAGUUUUAAAGAUGCAAAAGAAAAGCUAAGGAAAUUUGCUCAAACGAUCCCUCGUCCUUUCUCUGUUCGGUACAAUCCCUACACCCAGAGGAUUGAAGUCUUGGACAAUGCAAAGCAGCUGAAGAACUUAGCCGACACUAUCAAUAGUGAGAUGGGGAUCCUUUGCAAUGCCCUCCAGAAGAUAAAAUGAAGAUUCACUGUAACUUGUUAAUUGCUGGCUACUGACUAGAAGCUGCCAUGUGCAAAUACCAGUCUUCAUCUAGUCUCACUCUAUUAUAUUCCUGUGUAUUGCAUGAAUGCUUAUGUUAUAUAUCUUAUUUACUACAGAUUAGCAGAGAAAGAGACACCUACAGGUGACCCUUGACUCUUUUGGCCUUCAGACACUAAUCCAUUUUUUCUCACUAAUGCAAAAAAUCCCGGUUCUGGGAAUCUGAGGAAAGCCAUCAUAUUUCUUGUGCCAAAGUUCAGCAGAAGCAGGAGAUCUCCACUGUUUAGAACUAGUCUGCUGCACCUGUGAUGUUGCAUUACCACCCUGGGCCCAGAGACAGGAUGGUAAUGACUAACAGACUAAUCCAUCUUGCUUUCUCUCACAGUCAUUCUCCACUCAGUCCCUCAUAUUUGUGCAAGGUUCCCAUGGAGUCCAAAACUCUACACUUUUCAGGGGGUAUACAUAUACUACUUGAUCCUUUGUAUCUCUACUUUUACACACCUCUAUCCUAAAAUACUUUUUUUUUCCCCUAAGAGUGUGGUGUUGCCAUUGACCCAAAGCACAAAUGCUAGCAGAAAAGACAGCAAGUGUGCUGUAGCCUCAUUAACAAAUACUUAUCACCAUGUAUAAAUAUACUGUAUAUUCAUGAGCACCAAUCCCAAAAAUGUUUGUGCAAGUCAAGAGCACUGUAUGCCAUGGUGUGUCAUUGAUUUGCAGAGCAGAGUCCCUAAGCAAGGCACUGCGACUGCCUAUCCAGAGCAUGGAGUCUGUGCCUUAAUACAAUACCCAUAAAACAUCCCUUUGGAGGAGAGUUAUCUAAAGGCAAGUCUGUGUGGCUUUUUGCAGUUGGAUGUGAGGUCAGUUUGUCAAUAUCAAAUAGCAAGCAAGGAACUGUGCAGAUGUUUUAACAGGCCAUCAAGGCCUUAUUAGUCCAGUCUCAGAGCUGUGCUGGCUGUAAUAUUGUGUAACAUCAUGGAUUCAGAGCUGAUUCAGGACAGGCCAUCUUGCAGAAAAGGGAGACCUCUCUUAAUAGACAUAAUCAGCUACUCACUGUAGAAGGCUGAUGUGUGAAGGCUACCUUGUGUUGUGUGUGUCCUUCUCUGAGAGUGCUUUAUUCAGCACUGCUACAAGCUGUCUCCUAACUUUCUGGACUCAGAAUCCAGGAGGUGGAUACCAGCACCUUGGAAAUGGAAGAGAAGUCGUUCUUACAAUGCAAGUGAAGACAUCAGAGUCUUCCAAAUUCUAACUCAUUGUAUCUGUGGCUAGAGUCCCAACCAAAGCUAUGGAAGGCCUGGGUUAGCUGUGUCCCAGUCUGAGUGCAUUUAAACCCAAACAUGAUAUCUUUCAAGACAGCUCCUAAGUCAUGAUACUUCUUGGGGGUCUCCUUCCUUCUCCCACUUGAGCUUUAAUCUCCCUUUUCUGGUUGAAGCAGUUUUAUUCUUCCUGGAUUGUAGCUCAACUGAGGCAGCAAAAGGAAGCAAGGGUGAGUCCAGCUUAACUCAACGGCUGAGCCAUGAAGAGAGAAAAGCUUGGCUGUUCAGAAAGCCAUUUCCAUAUUCUUCUAUCCAAUAACUUUCAUUCAAAGCAGCUAAAUGCCCUCCUGGACUGGUCCACAUUGUAUAAUGCCUCCCUGUAGCUCCCUAGUUGAAGGAGGAAGGAGAUCAGCACUUGUACAUUGGAAUAGAAUGGAGCAAAGCUAAGCAGAACAGUAUUUCCAGCUUGCAACAAUUCUGCAUGAUGUUACUAACGUGAUUCAGGAGUCACAUUUCUGUUAGAGAUCCAAACAUGGAGAGGGAUUUGAAUGUCCACAAGUCUCAUACCUACUGUUGUACUACUCUUGUAUUUAUAGUCUGAAAAUCAAUGGAGCUUUAAUGUAAGCAUCAUCCUUUAGGAAGAUAGAAAGUACAGCUGUUUCCUUUAUAUUUAUGGUGGGUAAUAACAUUAAUCUAAGCAUACCAGCUGGAACCCUUUUCAAUAGACAUAUACUUAUGCAAAAUGGUAUCAUUUUGGUGCUUUGAAGUAAGCUUUUUUAUCUCUCUUUUUUCUUCCUUUUUUUCUCAUGACAAUGCCUGUGUAGAUCUUUCAGUCCUGUUUGGCAUGUAUUUUCUGUGUGAAAGUAGCCCAUAUUUUUCUCGCUUAAUAUAACAGGACCCAUAAGGUAACUGUACCACAAAGAGACAAUUUCAUCUCAAGGGUGAAGUCUUUCAAACUAAUCCUCGGACAGCUUUCCAAGCUCCCCUGCUUCUGGCUGUUGUUAUGAGUGACAGCAGCAGUAAAUCUACAGUGUCCUGAGAACCCAGGAUUCAUGGUUGCCUUUUAUGUGCAGGUGGAAUUUUUGAACAGUAUUGAUGCCACACGUCUGAUUCUGCGUCCCUUAAUGAAGGUUUAAAUAAGCAAUAACUCCAGCCAAAGAAGAUUAACAUAGCUGUUCAGCAAGACUGAGAGAUGAGAAAAAGUUAAAUGCUCAAUAUUUUAAAUGUACUGAAAGUACAUUUUGUUGCAGAACAAAUUAACUUGCACAUAUGUGCUUUAAAUAGUACAAAUAAGUUGCAUUUUAAAUAGUACUUCUUAAUAGGUGACUUCAUAUUUCUAUGCUAAAGACAAUUAAAGUUGUAUAGCAAACUGGCAAGUUAUCUGGCCAGUGCAGCUCCUCUCUGUAAGGUAACCACAUGGGUCGGUCCAAAUUAAAUUCCCAGGUAGGGGGAAUGCCCAUUUGAGGCAGAUUCCAACUGAGCUGAGUAUACCUCAUCCAGACAAAAUCAUGAGACUGAUAUUAAAAAAAAAUUCUCUAGAUGUAUGUAAUUAUGUAUAAAUGUUCAGCAAAGCCUUGAUUGCUCUACCUUUGCAUACACUGUACAUCAUUGUAUGCCUCUCUACAUAAAAAGCUGCAGAGCAAAAGCAAAAGCUACUCUUUAAGUAACCUUCCUCUCUUCCACCCCACUAUGAUCACAGUUUUUGAUGUCCCCACCUGUUUCAGGUGACCAAAGAAGCCAUCUCAUGAGGCCCCUUUCCUUUGCAGUGACCUUGACCAGAGUCAGUGACGGUGAUGGAAGGGGGAGAUGUCAGCACAGGUUACACAGGGAGGUGGUCUCCUCUGGGUGUCUUAAGAUGCCUAGAUAUGACAUGACUAGGGAGGCUUUAUUCCCCAAAGAAUGCAGAAAUUGUUGAAAGAGGGAUUAAGCACAAGAUGAGCCCACAGGAGUGAGUUCUUUUCAAGCCUGUUUUUUUGCUGCUUCAAACCAUUUUGGCAGUUGACAGAGAAGGCUUUCUUCAUGUUCAAAUGUAACCAUUUAAACUAAUCUAAAUAAACAGAAAUAUUAAUGCUG